UAAGUCGCAACGACGAGAAGAACUUCAUCAGAACGACGAGAAGAACUUCAAGGUCACGAAGAGAACGGACCAACAAAAACAGCACGACACACGGACAAAAACUUUAUAGAACUUUUUGUGACGACGUCUAAAAUGGCACCAUGAACAUGUUGACACCCGGGCAAAAGGCCGAUUCAAAAUCAAACCGGAACCAAAGCAAAGCAAAGGGGCGAACUCAGAAGAGCGCAGUUCGCCGAGCAGCAAGCAAUCUCCCCUCGAAUCCCCUGCCCUUCCCCCUCUCCCACCAUGCUGCCCUCGCACCUCAACGGCCACUCCCCUCUGGCGCGCCGCCCGCGCCUCUCAGCCGCCGCCGGGGACCCCCCGGCGGCGGCGGCGGAGGCGGCCGGGGCUGCUUCCCUGGAGGCGCACGACCGCGUCUACUUCCAGUCCUACUCCCACAUCGGCAUCCACGAGGCCAUGAUCAAGGACCGGGUCAGGACUGAUGCUUAUCGCACAGCGAUCAUGCACCACCAGAAAUUCAUCGAGGGGAAGGUUGUGAUGGAUGUGGGGUGUGGAACUGGAAUACUGUCGGUGUUCUGUGCUCGUGCUGGUGCGAAAAGAGUAUAUGCUGUGGAUGCUAGUGAAAUCGCUACCCAGGCUACUGAAAUUGUAAAAGCGAACAACUUAGCGGAUAAGAUCGUGGUCAUUCAUGGACGUGUUGAGGAUGUUGACAUUAAGGAGAAGGUUGAUGUAAUAAUAUCAGAAUGGAUGGGUUAUAUGCUUCUCUAUGAGAGUAUGCUGCCAAGUGUUCUGUUUGCGAGGGAUAAAUGGCUUAAGCCUGGGGGUCUUAUCCUUCCUUCACAUGCUACGCUUUUCAUGGCGCCUAUAACAAAUUCUGAUAGAUAUGAAGGCAGUGUUGAUUUCUGGUGUGAUGUUUAUGGCAUAAACAUGUCUGCUCUUGUGCCACUUGCCAAAAAAUUUACAUCCGAGGAGCCCUCCAUUGAAAUAAUCAGUGGAGAGAAUGUUAUAAGUUGGCCAUUUGUGGUCAAGCACAUUGAUUGCUACACUUUUACGGUUGAGGAAUUCAAAUCUGUCACCACAACAUACAAAGUUUCAUCAAUGAUGUUAGCUCCGAUUCAUGGCUUUGGUCUCUGGUUUGAGGUGGAGUUCAAUGGGCCCGCAGAGUCUUUGGACGAUUUGUCCGCUAAUUCUAAUCCACUUGAUAUCAUCCAGAAGAAAAGGCGGCGAGGAUCAGAUAACACAGUUCUGUUGUCCACAGCCCCAGAAGAUGAACCAACACAUUGGCAUCAGACUAUUUUGUACUUCCCUGAUCCUAUAGAAGUGAAGCAGGAUCAAAUAAUAGAAGGCUCUGUAAUGGUCACCCCGAGCGAGGAAAAUCCACGCUGUCUAAACAUUCGCUUAGAGUGCUCAACAGGAGGUCAAACCUUGGUGAAGGAUUUUGCAAUGAGAUGAACUGGUGUGAUUCCCCAGCCUCCUCAAGGAAGAUCCCAGCACUCAGAAGAGUCUCUUUCAGCAACCAUGAAUCGGAAUCACUGGUCAUCCUGUUGAGCUUCUUGUCUGUAAGUUAGAGAGAACGACAGCAUCCAAGAUGCCUCCUUUUUCCUCUCCUCAAUUUUUUGGUUGUGUUAUUGGAGAUGGAAAAAAAAAAUGUAGGAAUUUUGCCCUCCUGCGUGUAAUGAAGAUAACAUCCAUUGUAGAAUUUCAAUUUGUCAAAUGUUCUCUGUGGUUAACCCUGAGUCUCGCUGUCUUGAUAUUUCUUUUGGAACUGAUUGUUAAAAAUAUUCAAAGUUAUCACGAGAUCUUGUUAACCCUGA